AUGGUUCACCCUGUCCAGGAUGUGGUUCCAACUUUUGACAAGUGCAUGCGUUUGGUGGCACCCCCAUCUGUGAGUGGCCAGGCCCUGGUGGGAGAUGUGCCCUCGCCACGGCCCAGCCCCGAUCAAAAGACCCCCAGGCUCAGGUCAGGAGCCUCUAGUCCCAGACGACACUCUCCUGGCUCAGCCACUCCCCAGCUAAGCCCAGGGUUCACCUGCCCCUCCUCCAGCUCGGCCGGGCUCAGCCCUCCCGGCUGCAGGGACCCCCUUUCUCCUAGGAACCGGGAGGAACAGCCGCCUGGGACUUCCCCGGCCCCCUCCUGGGCCCAGCUGCAGCCACAACCGGCUCUGCCCCGCCGCUUGCUGGCGGCUGCCCGCACUGCGCCUCCGGGCACGGCUCCGGGGUCGCUCCCGGCCGCGCGCGGGCUCACCCCGACCCCCGGCCCCGGCGCCCGCGCUCAGGGCUUGCUUCUCCGGCCAGGGCCGCCCGCGUCCCCCCACCGGCUCCUGGGGGCUCCUCGGGACCCCUGCGCUGCUCCGACUCCCUCGCCUCCAGCCCCUGCUCCCGCCAGAUGCACUGCACACCCGGGGCCUCGGUUUCCCCCGCAGGAAAGGAGCGUGCAGAACCCAGAGGUAGUAAAUGCGCCCGGUGUUAGAUCCACGGGAUGGAGUCGGCCCCCGCUGCCCUGCUCCAGACAACGUGUCCCCUCCCAGAGCCGACCAACCCCACAACCUCUAAUGCCUUCUUCAGAGGACACCCUCGCACGGCCACGACUUGGGGAGAAGAGGCAGCCGUCCUGUGACAACGAGGCAACAAGGCAAGGGGAAACGCCGGGCUGCCGGGAGGCCACUUCCUCUGGGCCUCUUGGGGGGAAAUAAACCGCUAUUUGUUGACA